GUAGGCCGGCUAGGCGUGCAUGAUAUGCAUCAUGACAUCAUCGUCGUGCAGUAGUUUUUACGGAAGCACAGUAACUGGUGCGGUGAUCAUUCCAAGUUGUUAUCAGGUCUAACUACUCCUCAACUUCAAGACAAUUGUCUUCUUUGUUGAUAUUCAGACUCAAAAUGGAUCAUGAGGCUGUGGAAGCUCUGAUUGAGGAGGAAGAAGACGAGGAAGAGGAGAGUCUAUGGAGUAAUCUACCAAACCACAUUUUGGUUUACAUUUUUUCUUUCUUAAAUCUGAGUGAUCGUUGUCAAGCUUCCCUCACCUGUAAAGCAUGGAGUGAGAUAUUCGGAACUCCAUCUCUGUGGAGGAAGUUUAAGUUUCGUUUCUUCACAGAGUCUGAUUCCUGCCAGCUAAAGUGCCUUGACCUCUAUGGGAGCCAGCUCAGAAAUGUGUGCGUGGUACUGAAUCAAAAAGGGGAGGACAAUCGCAAGAAUGCCUGUGAGGUGAUCAACCGUCUGGCAGAGUGCCCUGACCGCAGGCUUCAAGACAUCACUGUACAGUUCACAACAGACAACCCCCUCUUCUUCAAGGGAUCUGAGUUCCUCAAUAGCCUUGCAUUGCUAUUUGGACCUCCUGCCCCAUCUGUGACUAUGCACCACCAGCUACGCAAAAUCGAUCUUGGCCAAUUGGAAUUAUCAAUCAGUGAUAUCAUGCUUGCUUUAAUUGCAAAUAAUCACCCAAACCUAGAAGUUCUUAACAUCCAGAAUCACUCAAUAAACUGCCAUAUCAGUACAGAGCACAUGCUGGACCUUGUACGCAAGUGCAAGAAGCUGCGAGAACUCAGUACUUUCUACAAAUCGGUAUCCGACGAUGUCUUCAAGGCUUUUGCUGAUGCAGACCAUGCAAGUCUGGAAUACCUGUCUCUUGCUUGUCGACGUGAGGAGAAGUACCAUAAGCUACUGUCAGCAGACGCCUGGGAAAUACUUGUGGCUUCUUCGCCAAAGCUUCGUGUUAGUUUACUCUUUGACCACACCAUUGAGCGGCAUCAGAUCAGGCACAUCUUGCAUCCUCAGAUUCCACUCACAGAGCUUGCCAUGCGAACAAUGUCAGAACUCCACCAUGAAGUCGGAAUAGUUGCCACCUUCUAUCCUCGCACCCUAGAAGUCUUCAUUGUCGUGACCAAGGGUUCCGAGUCCUUCAAAACGGAACUAAUGAGGUUGGUGUCAACAGCACCUCAUCUACGGGUCCUGCAUUGCUUUUGCGGCUUGGACGAAGACACCAUAGCCAGAAUCAAAGAGCUUUGCCCAAACCUGGAGGAAUCGACUCUGAAAACAGAAGAUGACUUUAAUGAGAUGCAGAGGGUUUUCGUUGGUAGGGCUGCACGGAAUACUGUCAUGUCUGGCCGGUAAAGGAUGAUUGGAGGUGCCUCUGGUGAGACGGAAAUCUCUCUGAACUUUGAAGGGAAAAAUUUAAUGCAUCAUCUGCCUGGAAAAUCAAAUGCAAUGUCUGAUAUUAUUUUAUAUUGCUUAUUGAUUAAAUCCAUUGAGUUUGAAUCAGGCAUACUUUCAUAUUUAGAUAAAUAUAGCCUCAUCUUUUGAAAAUAUAUGAUCGAUUUGGUGUGUUCUUUUGUGGAAAAGGUUUGCAUUACAGGUCAAGUUGAAAAGGAAACUUUAACAAUUUCUUUUUGGGUGACAGUUGAGAUCAAUAGGCCUACAUACUGAAAUAUUUUUGUUUUUCACAUUCUUAUAUUUUCUGAAGAGAUUUGUGUGAUCUAAUAAUUACUUAAGCAUAAAAAAUGCCUCAGAUUGUAAUUUUUGAAAAAAGAUCAAACCAAUCGGUGCAGUACAGAUGUGACAAAUGCAAAUUUUAAAUUUGCUGCCUUGUAGAGCCUCACAUUCUGUUAGCUAGCAAUUACUAUUAUAUUUCAGAUUGUUAUAUAAAUGAAAAGGUACACAAUGUGAAUUUGAUUUAACAAAUAAUUUCUUUCCACUAAAAUGAGGAGAAAAAUACAUAUUUUUGAUUACUUUAUGCAAACUUUGUUCCAAAUGCCUUGAUCUUAACACUUCACUAUUAUUAAUUACCCAUUAGGUUUUUGAUGUAACGUAAUGGUUUAGGAGAUAUUGUUUGGCAUUUAAUGAACAGCAAUUAUUGGAAUAUACUUGAUGUGUAUAUUUGCAUUAUGUUUAUUUCUGUUGCAAAGUGGGGUGAUGAUUAGAUGUAAAGGUAAUUCAAUCAUGUUGUUGCAAAUUGAAAGCAUUGGUAUUUGACUGUUGUAUAUUGUAAUUUAUAGUUUUAAAGCUACUUAUUUAUGUACAUCAAUGCCAAUUACAGGGUAUCGAGAACUCGGGUAACGGGAUACCUCUGCUAGAUAACACUAAGAUUGUGAUUUUCGAAAGCUGUUUAUUUAAGAAUAAUGUCAAAGUAUCCGUAGUAUAAUUAUUUUAUUUCCCUUGAUUGUAAUCUCUUCUUAAACUUCAUCCCUUUGUGCAACAGAAUAUUCAUACAAGAUAAGUAGAACAUUGUAAAUGAUGUCUUUUAUUUGUAAUAUUUAUUAUUAUAGGCCAUCGAUCAACAAAAACUGCACCAAAUCCUAAAAAAAAGCAAUGAGUAAUGCAAGACUAAAAUAUAUAGGCAGCUACUGCUCUGUAGCCAUAGUUCAUUGUCUUUUGUAUCAGACACAUUGCUGAUGUUUCAUGUAACAACAUAAGAUUCAUUAAGGCAAAGUCAAU